AUGUUGAUGACAAAAUCAAACAAGCCAUCAUCUCUACUAUCUUUGAACUCCAUUGAACAACUGAAUAUUCCACAUAACCAAUUCUCAGAUAACAAUAAUGACAUUUACGCUCAGGCUUGUAUGCCAUCUUGUCAAUGUACGCAACAAAGAAGCACUUCAAUAAUUGCAUCUAUUUUUCAGCAUCAACUAUCACCGGAGUCAAUUAUUGAACAGUCAUUGAUGUCAGAUAGAUUAUUAUGGCAGGAAUCAUUUACAAAUAAUGAUAGCAUGCCGCAUCUCACUCAAUUUACACCUUGCGUCUCAUUUUGUAUACCGUCUUGCCGGAAACAAUGCAUUCAUCAAACAGUAAUAUCAUCAUCUACUGUCUUUUAUUCCUCAUCUGCAUUCCUUUAUUCAUCACAGCCUACAGUAUUUGAAAUUCAACAAGACAAAUAA